AUGAUUUGCUCCAAGGAUUUAGUGAAGGAAGAACUUAAAUUCAUCAAAUCCUCACUCCUUAAUAACGGAUACCCGGAGCGGUUCAUCGAGAAGAACCUCGUAGAAAAGCCCACAAUGCCUAAACCAAGCACGGUCAAAAAGAAAGAACUAUUCUUACAACUCCCGUUCAAAGGAGACACGAGUGGUGAUAUACUAAGAAGACGUCUUGAGAAAGCUAUCACAAGGACAUUUCCAGCCGCCACUCUACGUUUAAUAGCCCAACAGAUUGCGCGAACUCAAUUAGAGACCACUGACAGACAACAUAACGUACAUUAUGACAGUUGGUCCCUCGGGACGCCUUAUCCGAUUCGGGCAGAUGGUGUGGCUACACUUUAUGAAAUGAAAGUUAAAACUCCAUCUGAUGAGCUGAAUAAAACAACAUCUGAUGAACCAGAACUGUAUUUCGGAAUGGAUCCGGCAUGCGACCAGUUAACCAUUGCCAGCAAAGAAAAAACUCCCCUGGAAGCAAAGAUGCUUGGAUGUAAAAGCGAAAUCCUCGAGGACAAAACCACCAAUAUGAAAAUAUUCUUCGAUGCCAAAUCACUGGUGGCUGAUAACAAAUGUAAAAUAGAUAAAUUGAAUUUGUUUUUGGAGGAAUGGAAAACGGUAGUGGCUGGCUACUUAAAGGUCAACUCUGAUCAAAUUGAUUUAAAACUUCGAAGCGAAAAAUUCAAAGUCAAGGAAGAGCCGGAGGACAGCACUAUUUCGGAUGCUGAAGAUCAGGAUUCUGAAGAUGAAUUUGAUGAAGAUGACGUUGGAACGGAGGUGUCAACCAGAAAGGUUUGCGAGAAACAGAUGCAAGUCGAUGGCGAUCAACCGUUAGUCAUAUCGCCUAUUGCAAUGACACCAUCUGGACACUGGACAACUUGUCUGAUCACCGUGACAACGCAACCGGACAAGACGUGGGAACUUGCAUUCACCGAUCUCUCGAAACUGAUCAACGAAGGGAGCGGUUGCGCCACAAACUAUGUUCAAAUUUCUGAGGAAAGAGAAUCUUUGGAUGCGUCGAGCAAAUAUUGUGCAACAGUGGCUCCGAGGGUUUUCACAUCCACUUCGAAUAGCCUAUUCCUACGCUACAAUAUGGCCUCGCAGAUUUCUGAUGGAUUCACUGCAUUAGUGAAAACCAUUUGCGAGAAACAGAUGCAAGUCGAUGGCGAUCAACCGUUAGUCAUAUCGCCUAUUGCAAUGACACCAUCUGGACACUGGAAAACUUGUCUGAUCACCGUGACAACGCAACCGGCUAAGACGUGGAAACUUGCAUUCACCGAUCUCACGAAAUUGACCACCGAUCGCAUGGAUUGCGACAACAACUACGUUCAAUUCUCCGUGGAUGAGGACACGUUGCUGUCUUCGAAAAAGUAUUGCGCAGGAGUGAUUCCCGAAGUUUUCACGUAUACCUCAAAUCGCUUGUUCUUACGCUACGAAAUAACCCAGCCCACUGCCAAUGGAUUUGCUGCACUAGUGGGAAACAGUGAGUCAAAUAUGCCUCUUACAAGCACAACUGAAACAAAACAUGCAUAA